AUGCAAAGGAAACCAGGAUUCCCCGUUGCUAACUGCAGCAUUAAAAUGCCGGACAACCCAAUGAUGCCUGAGCAUCUGCUAGGUGAGAUGAGGUGUGACGAGGACAAUGAACAGCAACAAAAACGUCAGCAGUUAAUCAACUUUGGCCACUCACAGUGGGGUUUUAAUAAUUGGAGUUGGUCAGUCAACAAACAAGAGCUUGAUUUUGUGGACUUCACAAAUGGACGGUACUGCGCAGGAGUGGUAGCAUUUGUAUCUAUAACAGUAAAGAGUUUUGACAUACACAGAGAAAAUAUUGGAUAUGCUACCAGCACUGCUAACACUAAAGGAUUUGCUAUCUAUAAAUCAAGAAAGUGUGCAGUGACGAAUGCAUUGCGUGAGACGUUAUUAAGCUUCGGUGGCAGUGUGGCUUCAGACCUGAUGGAGUUACUAGAAUCAACCAGAGCUGAUGCACCAGCAAAUGCACCAGAGCCCCUCAAUGAGAACAACCAAAAUGUGGCCAACAAACAAAUAGAACCUAAGAACAUGACACUUGACCGAGCAACUCGCAAGGACUCGAGCGAUAGUGGCACAAAUCACCCCACAUUGCGCUCUCCGCACGCGUCGGCCGUCCCGCCGCCUGUACAGAACGGGCCGCUCGUACCUCCGCCCGCUGUGAAGAACGCUCCCUCGAGUGCACGAGUUCUCCCGACAAGUAUGCCCCCUGCUAACCGCGUGCCGCCAGUGGGCCCCGGUCGGCCUGCGCCAGGCCCCGCAGUGCCACCACCAGGACCAGCUCCACCGCCUGCUCAUCCGCGCCCCAAUUCUAACGUAAGUUUUGUGCUGCAACCAGUUGUGGGUGCGUUGGGUGGCUACGGCGUGCAGCCGAUGUACGGAACUCCCCGAGUGGGUGGCCCGGCCGCUCCACAUGUGUUUCCUAACGCGUACUACGAGUAUCCCGGUGGAGGAGGCUGGCACUUUGCUUACGAGAGCUAUGAGCGCCAACCUGGUAAUGUGAACCUUAACUUCAACCUGCCACCAAAAAACCUGGUAGUGAAUGGGCGAGGCGCGUGUCGUCCUCCUGAUGAUGUUACGUUCGCUCCGCCACCUCCUGCCCAGGGGUGUUGGAUCAAACCCACUAUCUUUUACGACGGCUUCUGGACAGAACAGAAAGUAAAAAAAUGGGUGGCAGAGCAGGUGGAGAAGCAGUUCCCCGAGGAUGCGAGCGCAGCAUCGUCAUCGUCGCCAGACAAGUCGUAG